AUGAGUAAUUCAAUUCAACAACUUGAAUUAAAUGCUGCCAAUGCUGUUUCAACGGGUCAAUUCAAUGAAGCGAUCGAGAUUUACUCAAGAAUUAUUCAAUUGGCUACAAAUACAUUUAAUGCAUAUGAUACUUCAUUAGUAUUUGUAAGACGUGCUGGCUACUGUAUUCUUGCUAAAAGAUAUGAAGAAUCACUAGCUGAUAGUGAAAUAGCAAUUGGUCUUGAUUCAAAUAAUAUUUUGGCAUAUUCACAGAAAGCAGCUUUGCUUCACUUGAAUAAGGUGAACGAGGCGAAAGCUGUUAUUCAAUUUGCAAAAGAAUUACCAGGUAAAAGAUGGAAUUUACAUACUAUUCGAUAA